UGGAGGCCUCUCAGGCUCCUCUGAACUGAGGACAGCUACUCUCUUUCAGUUUCAGCUUCAGCUAGAGCUAAAGGAGACAGAUCAUGAGGACCCUCAGCAUAUUCCUGCUGCUCUCCGUGGCUCUGUGCUGCUUCUUGGAUACUGUUCAAGCUGAAAAAUUCCCCCGAGAGCCUGAAUGUAAUUACAAUUUUCCUGGAUGCCCACAACUAUAUAGCCCUAUUUGUGGCACUGAUGGACAUACCUAUAGCAAUGAAUGUGAGCUGUGUCGGGAUAACAAGAAAAAUUCUGUUCAUGUCCUCAUCGAAAAAGAAGACGAAUGUUUUAGAAGCUAAAUAUUCUAGAGCCACCAUUUUGGUGACCCCACAGCUAUCCAGUCUGAGUUUUUAAUAAACGCAUGAGAUUGA